AUGUCUAAUGUAGGAAAAGUGGAAAAGUUCUCGUAUAAGGUGUUUGAAAUAAUUGAAAGUAACGAGCGCCAACUACGAGAGGUAAUCACUGACUUCGGAGGCACAAAGGGGGAAGCCCGCGGGAUGCAAGAUGCCGAGAUUGCCUCAUUUGAAGGUAGUUCUCGCGUUGGCUUCCGCCGAAGGUGGGCGAAGCGACAGAAAAAGAUGGACAGCUGCUACGUUCCAAACAACCCAGCAUACACUGACUGCUGGAGGCCGCUGUCACCCACCUGCGGCCAGGCGCCCGUGCUCACGCCCCUGCGGCCCUUGGCGGCGCCCAGCCCGCCCGUGCACCCACCGCCUGCGUACCCGCCCGCGCGGUCCCCUCUUCCGCCCACCAGCCACGCGCCGGACUUCACACCCGCCCGCACGCCGCCAGAUGCCUCUGAGUCCUCGAUGUACACGUCCACCACGCCGCCCACCCACUCCACCUCCGUGGCGACGACGAUGGGCGCUUUCCCGCCCCUGUUCGACCUGGAGCCCCUGCCAAACUUCGUGACCCUGUCGCCGCAUGCACCCUACAAGUAA